GUAUUUGAUAGUACACUACAUCGACUUAGUCCGUGUUGUUAACUUACUGUUGUUUGCCUGUGGCGGUAGCGUUUGUCUCAGGCGUGUGAGUGACGCUGUACAUUAUUCCUUCCGGUUUGCCGAACCAACCUAACCUUAAUCGUUUCGAAUAUUGUUGACGGCAUUUUCUUCGCGAAAUUACAUUUCACUGUCGCCGCGUUUUCCUCGUCAUAGGCAUCACGUUGUUCUUCUGAUUAACAAGUACCGUAUUAUAACACACAGAAAAAAUGGUAGUAAGCAAAGAAGUUGCUCCCGAAGAUAAAAUUACUAUUAAGGUUGAAAGUGGUAUUAAUGGUCAUAACGAUACUGUCUUCUACACUAUGAAAAAAACUUCAAAAUUACAAAUAUUAAUGAACGCCUACUGUGAGAGAACUGGUUUUGAUAUUCAGUCAAUAAGAUUUUGGUACGAUGAUUCUGCGGUUAGAAGAAUGGAUACUCCGUCUUCCCUAGGAUUAGUGGACGGUAGUGAAAUUUAUAUCUUUCAAGGACAGGGUUAGGUUAGGUCCUUUUGAUUAUAUAUUGUAAAUACAAAUUUAUAAUCAACUACUACAAUAUCAAGAAUUUAACUAUAUCAAACAAAUAAAUGUUAUAUUAUGUACAGAACAUAAUAGAUGAAAUAUUUACAGUAAUACUUUUUUUGUAAACAAUUUAUUCUUCUUAUUAUUAUUAUUUUCAUAUUCUUCUAACUUAAUAAUAAACUUGAUAUACCUAAUCAAUGAGGUUUUUUAAUCUGUUUAAUUAUUUUGAAUGAUUCACUAAAAUGUGUAAAUGCUAUUAUAAUUAUUGUGAUUAUUAAAACAAUAUAUUCAAUCCGAUUUUUUAAAA